CGUACACGUACUACUGUGCUAAGUUUGGUAACAAAAAAUAAAUUCGCGAAAUUACUAAAAAUAAAAGAAGAAGAGAAUUCCCGCCGUGUAAACAAAGAAGUCACAUCCUCCACUCCAGUGCUGCACCCGCUCGCUCACUCACACCUUGAAUUUUCAAGUUCCUUGUCGAUUUCUUUCCCUUCAAAGUCUCAUCUGGUCCAUCCUCAUCUCUGUUUCAACUCAAAUUUCUUUUCUUAUUUAUCAUUAUCUUUUUCUUUUGCCUUUCUAUUUGAUCAAAAUUUUUGAAGGAAGCCUCUGAAUUCUGUCCAAUCCAGCUAUAAGAGAAGAUCGAUACUUGAUCGGUCAAUUCGAAUUUUGGUGAUGAAGAACAGUAGGGGAGGUAAAACUGUAGGGAGCAGCGGCGGAGGAACUUGGCGGAGCCUAGGGCUACCUUUAGUCUUCCUCUUGUGCCUAUUUUUCUUCCUUGCCGGCUUCUUCGGUUCUACUCUUUUCUCUCAACCGGAUGAGUGGAGUGCACAGUCUCGGCUUAGGCCAAGGGUGCUGGAGGCGAUGGGUGACCAAUUGGAGGAGGAAAACAGAGGCUUCGAUCCAUUGCCCCAUGGCCACUCUGGCGAGGGCUCUCUAACUUCCAUUCCCUUUCAGGUGUUAAGCUGGAAUCCACGAGCAUUGUACUUCCCCAACUUUGCAACUGCAGAACAAUGUCAAACUAUAGUUACUAGGGCAAAGGCUGAUCUCCAGCCAUCUACCUUAGCUCUUCGUGAUGGAGAAACUGAAGAAAGUACCAAGGGAAUCAGGACAAGUUCUGGAAUGUUUAUAAGUGCAUCUGAAGACAAAACAGGGACUUUGGCCCUCAUUGAGGAAAAAAUCGCUAAGGUGACAAUGAUCCCAAGGAGUCAUGGAGAGGCAUUUAAUGUCUUGCGGUACGAGAUAGGUCAAAGAUACCAUUCUCAUUAUGAUGCAUUCAAUUCUGCUGAAUAUGGUCCACAGAAGAGCCAAAGGGUUGCUUCUUUUUUGCUGUAUUUAUCUGAUGUUGAGGAAGGUGGGGAAACCAUGUUCCCUUUUGAGAAUGGGGUGAACAUGGAUGCUAGUUAUGAUUAUCGAAACUGCAUAGGUUUGAAAGUGAAACCACACCGAGGGGAUGGACUGCUGUUUUACUCACUUUUCCCAAAUGGUACAAUUGAUCCUGCCUCACUUCAUGGGAGCUGUCCCGUAAUUCGAGGGGAAAAGUGGGUGGCCACAAAAUGGAUCAGGGAUCAAGAACAGGAUGAUUAGGCGUUUGUAACUGUGUUUCAAAAAGUUAUUACUGUCGAGGAAUGUCAAGCAAGUUUUGCAGUAAAUAUACCCAUAUUCUUUGUUUUCUAAUUUAAGAAGAGAUACAAAAUCCUUUUUCUGCUCUCCUUAUAUUGCGGUGAGAUGGGCAUGGAUCUACUGAUUGUCAGAGCGCACCCUGUUUACAGCAUCUUGUACAUCACGAGCUGGAAACCUUUUUACACUAGCUGAUAUUGAACUUCGACAAAAACAAGACGCUGGGAUGAGCGAAUUUAUAUCAUCA